AUCUGCCCGAAAAAGCUUCAGAAGUAGCAAGUCCAGGCUAUACAACACCAAAAUCAUCGAUUAUACUGACAUCUCCGGCAAUGAUAACUUCAACAGCAAUAGUUCAUUCAAAACAACAAUGA